CAAGGCAGAGUAUGAACAGGUCAAAGAGAAUGUUUGGUUUUAGAACUUCACUGAAAUGCAUCUGACAGUCUAACAAUAGACAAAGGAUUUCAGCACACGCCAAUGAGAGGCCAUCGUGAUCACGUGGUGUGUUAGUAUGUUAGACUUGAGACUGAGGCCCGCUGCACCCUAAAAGAGAGCUGCUCCAUCUCUGAGAGCCGCAAACCACCCCCGGUAAGUGUUUCAAGAGAAACCUAUUCCUGACAAAUCCCUGCCUUUUAAGAGUAAUGUACAAGAUUUAUUUUGGUAUUGCAAAAUUGUUUUAGUUGUUUCUUAAUGUAUCCUGCAUUUAAUCUUUAAGCUAGUUUAUAGUCAUGUCUGACACAGAAGAUGUGAUGGAUGAGGGAGUUCAGUGAGUAACUGUCUUUUCCUCCUAAGUUUUAGAUGACUCAAAGUCCAAACCAAAAUAUCUAUCAAAUGUCCAAGCACCAAAGAUUCCAGAUGGAGACAAAGUAGAUUUUGAUGACAUCCAAAAAAAGCGUCAGGAGAAGGAUUUAACAGAACUACAGUCUCUUAUAGAGGCUCAUUUCCUCCAAAGACAGAAAGAUGAAGAGGAACUCAUUGCUCUGGUCAAUAGAAUCGAGAAGAGGCGAGGUGAGAGAGCCGAGCAGCAGCGAGUGAGAGCGGAGAAAGAGAAGGAGCGUCAGGCCAGACUCGCUGAAGAGAAAGAGAGGAAGGAGCAGGAAGACCAUAGAAAGAAGCAUGAUGAAGAUGCCAAGAAGAAGAAGGCUCUCACAAAUAUGACCCAUCAGUACGGCGGCGUACAGCAAAGGGGUGAAGGACGCAAAGGUGCCAAGAAACAGACCGAAAGGGAGAAAAAGAAGAAGAUCCUGGCUGAACGCCGAAAACCACUGAGCAUUGAUCAUCUGAGUGACGACAAACUUAAGGAUAAAGCCAGUGAGUUGUGGCAGUGGUUGAUGCAGCUGGAAGCCGAAAAAUACGAUCUAAGCGAGAAACUGAAGCGCCAGAAAUACGACAUCAAUCAACUGCUUGCCCGCGUCCAGGAUCACCAGAGUGCCAAGGGACGUGGCAAAGGCAAGAUGGGAGGAAGGCUGAGAUAGAAGUUGACAGGAAUUUCUGGCCUCCUGUGUUAGUUUUGUUUGCUUGAUGAAGAUAUUUUUAAAUCAUUAUUAUGAACAUACAAAAAUGCUUUGGUUGUACAUUUUUGCUUUGCACUGUAGGCUAUUGUGUAUUUUUUGCCAUGAAUAAAUGUUAGCAUGUUAAUUGUAUUAUUUAAUACAUUAAAAUAUAUAUAAUCGGUGA